AAUAUAUGGAUAAACAAUAAAGAUGAAUGAACAGAUACCUUUAAUUAUUUAUGCUUAAUAAAUCAAUAAAUUUAAAUAAAACUAUACAGUAGAGAGAUUUUACUUCCCUAAAUAUAACUAAUUAGCACCAUACUGCAUAACUUUAUUGACUUUGUUCUUAAAUGAAUGUGUGAAAGCCCUCUUCCUCUUUGUUUCUUCUUUUCUUAUCUUUCUUUCUUUUAAACGCUUUAAACUUCCCGCGCUCCAAAGCAGACGAAAAUUACACAUUGACUUGACAUAACAGACAGUCUGAUAUCCUAUAAAAAAUAGAAAGAAGAAGACAUAAUAGACGGUCUGAGACCCUAUAAAAGAGAAAGAAGACGACUAAGCAGAGAGUCCGAAACCCCAUAAAAGAAGAGAGAAGAAGAAAGAGGAAAUAACAAGACGUUUUUCCCCAUACAGUGGCUGUUCCAUUCACUCCCCCCCCCCCCUACAUACGCACAUUUCUUUAUUAUCAAUUUUUUUCCGAUCAUGUUCAUAAUAAAAAAUAAUUUCUCAUAUAUUUGGGGAAGGGGAUUAAACCUAUAAACAUCAAAUACAUACUCGAUCAAUGACACCCAUGAACGGAGCAAUUUUAGGUUAAAAUCUAAGGAUACAUUCGUAGUAUUUGGUCACAAAUAACGAGAAUCAUUGAUUCAUUAGGAUGAUGACAUAUUGACUGUGUCCUUGAUAAUCAUCCUAUCUGAUGGGCUGUAUCCUUAAUAUUAACUUAUGAAUCGACAGCGGUAAUGGGUUCCUUGGUGGACAUAGGAUUUACAAGAACCCAGCUCCUACUUCUACUAAUUCUUGCUUUUUGGGCAAAUCCUGCAAAAACAGAUAUUGGACAGCAAUGCUCGAGUAAUAGGGACUGUGACCCUUAUAUCAGUGAAGAACACUGCAAGGAUGGGUGGUGCCAUUGUAGCUCUAUACAGUACAACGAAAAUUCUUUGGCUCCUGAAUGUGAUGGACUUAUAAUGUUGACCAGAAGAUUUUGUUCAUCAUUGUUGAGUUGUCCAGAUAACAGUAAAUGUGAAGAGGGAACAGGUUGUGUGUGUGAUGAAGGAUACAUAAAGGUUGAUUCUGCAUGUAAACAAAGAGUGUUCCAGGAAGUUCUUCAGCCAUGCUACUCUGAAAAUGGGACAGUAUAUAUUUGUGAUCUUAGCCAACACAGCAUCUGUAGUGGAGGGAAAUGUAUAUGUUUUGAUACCUUCUUGCCCAACACAACCAGUGGCCAGUGUGAACCUGAGAAGGAUUUCCUAAUUGCUAAUAAACUUGAUGAGUACCGCGUCACACCUGGCGAAUAUUGCAAAUACAAUACACACUGUAUUGAGGGAUUGGAGUGUCAGGACAAUGUGUGUUCAUGCCCCAGCUCCUGUACAUACAAGAAGGAAAAGGAGAUAUGUGACUGUGGAGAAUCUGACAAUGCUGUUGCUCCAAUAUGUGUUGGUGUCUUAUCAGGUAUAUUGAUAAUUGGAUUUUGGAUCACAACUAUUAACAGGACAAUUGACAGCCAUAAGCAAAAGCAGAAUGUUCAGCAUAUAGAAGAAUCCACUUCAGAGCAAUCCACUCCACGUGCAUAUCCUCUUACUCCGGUUGCUUCUUCAGCACUACCUGAAACAGCUUCAGCACAGAAUACAGGUGGCAUGGAAGUUCCAUCAAAGGAAACACAGGCUGAUCAGUUGCCAACAAAAUCAGCAGCACCAUAUCCAGUGAAUCCUCUGGCACCACCACCAGCACAGCCCAUAGGCUUUCAGAACCCUGCCUCAAAUCCAGCUGCAUUACCCGAGUGUCCUCCGUACUCUUUUAGCACCCCAGAAGCCCCUAGUUUUGCUCCCACGGCACCUAACGAACCUCCUCCACCUUACUCUUUUUACCCUUCACAAGAUCAAAGCUUACCCUCUCACACUCCCAGUCCGUUUCCUAAUCCCACUGCACCACCUGUUUCAGAAAGUUCGUCAAUAAUACCAUGCCCUCCCAAUCCCUCAACUUUACCUUAUCCAUACAAUCCUUGAGCAAGCACCAUACCCUUUAGAAAUCUCUCCCAGAUCUCCAGUAAAGAUUUAUUCAUUGAUGUUACAAUAUAUACCUAAACUAGAUUCACCAGACAAGAAAGAGCACGUUCUCCAUAUUCAGAGCAAAGAGACUGCUCAAACAAGGUGGGAAGUUACUGUUCCCAUUUGGAGAAGUAUGGGUGAAGAAAAAAUGCUUCAUAUCCAUCUGUGUGUGGUUGCCUGGUGAAUUCCUGCAACAGCUAAGAAAGAGGGCCUAGAAAUUAUAGGUUUUAUAAUUUUUAUUAGUUGUUUAAUACAAUGCACACAAGAAAGCCAUGAGUUUUUAUAUUUAAUGACUGUGAUAUUAUUAAUUGAAAAAUGUUUUGUCUUGCAUAUUAUUGUAUGCGUUACAGUAAUUUGUAUGUCAUUUACAGGAGACAGCUUCUUAAAUAGGCUGUACAACUUCUUACAAUGAUAAAGUUCUUCACAAGCUUUAUGUGCAACAAUAAGUUUUAAUCCCAAAGAAUAAUAGUUUUAAAUUACAGAGCUCAGAGUUCUUUACUGCAGUUUCUGUCCUAACAAGAACACAAUGUAAUAAGUCAGUUUUCCAAAGACUUAUUAAUAGUUUUGCCAGUAGUUUUGAAGGAUAGUGGUUGUGUAAAGUUUAGGAUGCGAGUCAUGAUAAUUUUCUUCAUAUUACUGCAUUGUCUUUCUGAAAGUUCUUUCAGCUAUGCUAUCAAGAACUCAGUAGUUCCUAUGGAUUAUUAUGACUUGCUGGAAAGUUCACAGAGCAGAAAUGUAAGGCAGUGCCCAUUUCUUUGCAUACAUUUGCAUAUUUUAUAGAGGUUGUUUUGAAAUAUUUGCAGCAUUAAUUUCACUUGCUGUGAUCGUGCAAUUUAAUUUUUGAACUUGUGUUCAAGUACAUGUAGACUUCCAAGCAGACUGUGGCAUCUUAUCCCAUACCCAUGGCAAUGAGUUGAAGGAGUAGACUAGGGUGACAAAUGGUUUUUACAAUAUCCAGCUAGCUUUAAGUAUUGGUCUAGUCUUAGUACAGGCCUUUUAGAGGGCAGUCCUUCCUUACUGCAGCCCUCCUUUUCAUAGAGUAGGUUGUUACAUUCAUCAGACUGCCAUGUUGUUGAAGAUUUAGGGCAUUUUCAACUGUGUCCUUGAUAUGAUGGAACUUUUAUAAUGUCUCAAGCAACCCACUCUUUAGAAAUAUGAAAACUGGGCACUUCCAUUGGAUACAAUCAUGGUGAAGAGACUGCCUUUGGGAGAUGAAAUAUCAUCUCAAAAAUUAUGUACUUAUUGAAGUCUCCCAAACAUACAAAGCUGAGUCAGUUAUCUAAACAGGUCUUUCAAUUUGUCAAGAUCAUUUGGGUGCUGGAAUCUGGAUGCAAAUGCAUGGUCAGAGAUCUGCUGCCAGAAUAGUCUUAUUCUGUCAAGGAAAACAUAUGACCCCAUAGUGGUGAUCCUUUACAAAUAUAAAUAAGGAUUUCUGAAUCUUUAUUCAGUAACAUUUCACUAGCCACACAUCAGGCACACUCAUAAGAUCAUUUUGUAUUGCUUGGCAUUCGUCCUGACCUGUGAAACACUGCGUUAGUUACCAAAAGUUCAGACUGCCAUUACUGGUAACCCUGCCAUAGUGUAGGUGAAAAUCCUCCAACAGUAUAACUUACUAGAUCAUUGGGACAACAAAUUCAGCAUAAAAGAAAGAGGUCUUUGUGCAAAGUAGGAAUAAGCAUUCUAUUACUAGUAAUAUUUUUUUUACUAAAUGUACUCUGUAGAUAAGUAUAAAUAUAGAGAGGAGGGAAAGCUUCUGGACAGCUCAAGAAAUGUCCUGAGCAUUGGCAGGACAUACCUUGAGAAUUUUUUAAUAAGUAUGAGAAAUGUUAAGAAAUGUUCCUAGAACUUUAUUAUAAAAGGGAAAUACACCGGUUAUAUUAUAUUAAAUGGUAAUUUAAGUAUGUUAUCUGGUUGUUACAGAUUUCAUGCAUCUUGGCUACCAACAGGCAUUUUUGGGGUAUUUAUUAACAAGUAAAGCAUUUAAAAAGUAGUAAUUUUAAUUGUAGCAAGUUUAUUAUAAAAGUUACAAAGUUGCUUCACUGUGGCCAAAGAUUUUUAUCUUAUAGAGUGCAACACAAAUUCCAUAAACAACUAAGAUCUGUAUUUUAAGUAUGUCAUCUAGUCGUUACAUCUUGGAUGUCAACACGAUAUAUAAAAAGGUUACCAGUACCAACAAAGCUGCACACUACAGUCAGAGAUCUGCAAGUUUCAUUUAUUUAUUUAUUUAUUAUUUAUUUUUCUGUUCUUUUUUGCAGAUCUAAUUACUUAGAAAUUGUUCACCCUAAAGGCCUGUCCACACAGCCUGGCAUGAUAGGUGGGCACAUUAGCGGUAAAGAUGACAUCACCGGCGUGAAUACAAUGGGAAAACAACCUUUUUACCGAGUAAUUUGUCUGGCCGUGAUGUCAUCUUUACUCGUGCAUGCACUACGUGUAUAUAAUUACUUAUAUAUAGUACUUAUAUUUACUUAUAUAUACUUAUAUAUACUUAUAUAUACUAAUAUAUACUUAUAUAUACUUAUAUAUACUUAUAUACCUAAGUUAUGCAUGCCCAUGUGCCCACCGAUCAUGCUCACUUGUGUUCACAGGAUGGGGGUGGUUGUAAGGAUAUGUCCAUUGUUAUAAGUGAUAGUACUAUAUUUGAGGAUAAUAUUAAGAAAUUUCUUUUAUUGUGAAAUCGCCAACUCCUUUAAAGUUUACACCAUGAUAUAUAAAGUGUGUGUGUGUGUGUGCACAUAUAUACCAUAUCUAGAUGUGUGUGUCUGUGUGUGUGUGUAUAAAUAUGGAUAUAUAUAAGUGUCAGUGUAUGUGAAUAUAUGUAACUAAUUUUAAGUUUUAUUUGCAAUAUUGUGUACGUACAAAUAGAAAACACGAUGAUAUUUUAUUAUGUCUUAAAUGCAUUAGUACUCAUGUAUUUGGCUCCUGUAUUAUAAACGCGAGUACAAGGUUCGUGCAACAUAUACCUCAUGUGCAGAAAAUCACAUCAGCUAAUAAAAAAACUAAUUGGAUUUUGGACCAUAUGCUGGUUUUCCAACUUAAUAAAAGGCCAUCCUAAAGUUGCUUUCCAGACAAGACCACUCUUCUACUUCUUGUGCAGUUGCAAAUGAUUGAGUGGCUACAUUAACACAAGCAAGCAAAACUAUUGUAGCACUGGUUGUGUCAUUGAGAUAUGUCAUGUCUGAAUUGAUUAGUUAUAUAUGUUACUUUUAUCAAUGUGUUUGUGAAUCUUUCCUUUAUUUGAGACAUCUUUCUUUCUCUAUUUUUUUUUUGUUUUUUUUUUUACUUUUUUUUUUGUUAUCAAAUGAAUUUUAAAUUCUAGAAGUAAAGUGUUUACAUGUGCAUAUAAUUCUGAGAUGUCUCAGAUUUGAUUAGAUCAUUUUGAAAUGUUACAUAUGUUAUUAAUAUUAUUAAUAUUAUUAUAUAGCAUUUAUAGUAUUCUUUGUAUUCUCCAGAAUCACAUUUUUUGUCUUCCGAAAAGUUUUUCUUACCAAAGGUUGUUUUGAAUGCUUUAUGCUUUGUAGUUGUUCAGGAAUCUACAGUAAUGAAGGUCAACACUCAGGUAUACUGGAAUAUAUCUAGAGGUUUAUUUUGUUUUAGUUAUGAGUAUUUUUUGUUAUCCUCAUUGAUAUUGCUAAACUUUAUCAUCAUUAUUAUUGUUAUUAUGUGUUUGUUUGUCGAAACACCAUUGUUUAUGAAUUGUUUCCCCAAUUUUUGGCUUACUUUAAGAAAUAUGGCUGAAGUACAUUGUAAAUUUGAUAUUGUAUUCUAAUACAAUAUUAGGUAAUGAAGAUAUAUUUAGUCUAGUAUUAUUAGUUUUUAGUAUUGCAGGAUCACAAAACAUGUAACAAUGAAAGAUAAUCCAUAGUCCACAAACUAAUAUAUGUUUAGGUAUGAUAUUUCUGAGCUGGUCAGGUAUAUUAUACCCUCAGGACGAUACCAGAUAAAUACCUUUUAUUUUGCCAAAUAAUAUAUUUCUGAUAUGUAACCUCUUCCCCUUACUAAACAUAAAUCAGGUAA